UAGGCAUUCGAGAGGUCCUCCUGAACGCCCCUGGAAGUUUUCCGCUUCCCGCGCGUUUCGGUCCGAGAUGGCUCUAGCGGGUCCGCGGGGGAUCUGCGCUUUCUCAACGGCCUGCUGCCAGGACAUGCACCCAGCAUGGGUCAACUGGACCAGUUCUCAGAUGCGCCUCACGAGUUCGCGUUCCUGCCUCCCGGCUGAGAUCGCGUAUCUGCCAAUUCGUGAGUCCGGCAUUUGCUACCUGCCCGGUGAGGUUGCGUACCUGCCCGUGCCGCGCAAGGAGUGCCCCGGCGCGGACCACCACGAGGCGGCCGAGGCGGCGAGGCGUGGGAGCCCACCGGGUACCGCACGCUGCCCGCCCGCGGGCAGCUUCAGCAGCGCCGAGGCGGUGGCGGGGGCGGUGGCGAUCGCGAAGUGCUCGCGUCGCGGCUACGGCGGCCACGACGGCCAGGACGCCGAGGUGGGCUCCAUCGGGGGGGCGGGCGGCAGUCAGGGCAUCGGGACGGGCUCCCCCGCGGAGGCGCACGGCAGUCAGGUCACAGGGACAUGCAGCGUCGCGGGUGCGGAGGCGAGAGCCUCGGCGCUGAUCAAGAAUUUGCCCAGCAGGUGCAGCGAGGAAGACGUGGCCGACGCGAUCGACAGGCUCGGCUUCCGCGCCGACGUCGCCGAGCUCAGCAUGCCAACUCGCGUCGGGAAGGGCAACCGGCUGCUGAACAGAGGCUUCGCCUUCGUCACGUUCUCCAGCGUGGAGGUGUGCAGACAGUUCGCCCAGGCUGCCCAGGGGCACCGGGGCUUCGGGAAGCGCCUCAGCUGCCGCGCCAUCUCCGUCGUCUUCCCCCUGAUGGUUGGCGGCGCCUCUCGAGAGGAGAGCCCCAGAAGUGCCGGGUCGCAGCUCUGAGCGCGGCUGGGGGGUUGGGCGAGGGGGAGGGGGCGCUUGGACAGCUCCCAGGAAGCGCUUCCCUCGCGCGUGCUCGGCUGCCUGGCAGCGCUUCCUCGGCUCGUUUGUUGAGGGGCACGGCCCAGGGGGCGAGAUCGCCGAUGUGCCCGGCCCCAGGGAUGGGGCCCUGGCGGCGCGACAUGAGCAGUUCGUCAGAUUUCCCAGGAGCUCCUCGGAAAAGCUGGAGGGUAUACAGUCGGGCUUGAUUCGCAGGUCGAUCCU